AUGUCGAAUCAAAAUCAGGUGCCAACUAUAAAAAUUCCAAGAAUUGGAGUGCAAUCCAAUCGAUUUUUGAAUGGUCAAAAUUAUACUGGAAGUAAGUUUUUCCUGAUUUUUAGUUGGGAAUUUUGAAUGAUUCAUAGAUUUUUUGAUGAGUCAUCUUUUUUCUAGAAAAAAUCGUUGCGACAAAAAAUUCCUCAAAAAUAUACGCUUCAAAAAUGAAAUAUAUUUUGGAUAAAUUUUCAAAUGUUGAUUUUUGAAUAUAUCAACAUGACAAUGUGUUCUUGUUAUGCACUUUUUAAACCGUAGAAUUCUAACCGAAAUUUGGGGUAUAUUCAGAAAUGUUUUUUAUAUCUGAGAUUUGGAUGAAUUUCUUAACCUCCCCAUAUUUUAUAGCUCACUUUGCAUCUUCAACAAUUCCUCGAAAUGCCCCCAUCGACAUCUAUAAUUCUCCAACUUAUGUCGUCGAUCAUUUGCAAACCCGCCGAUUGUCUGAAAUUGACAAGCCAUAUUAUAUGCCAACACUUUUAUCAACAUCUGAAACUGAACGAUUCUCAACUGCUCCAAUUCGACUUCGCCAACAAUUUCAAGAGACAGAAUUUUCUCAUGCUUCUCCUCAAAACCUCGAUCAAAAUAUAAGAAUUUCGCGAUUUCCCGCAACUUCUCAAGCAAUCGGGCUAAACACCGAUAAAAUUGUGCACAUAACUCCCCUUGAAAUUGCUCCAGUGGAACCCGAAAAAAAUCCGGCAGCAGAAAGUAUGCAAGAUGUCAACUUAUUAGCCCUCUAUAAUAAUUCAUCAUUAGCCUAUCAACGUGUUUGUUAUUUAUUGUCUCGUUAUCCAGCUGUUGCAUUAUGUCUAAUUGCCACGUGGAUGUUAUGGGGACGUGGAUUGGGUUUGAAUACGGUGCAACAAAAUGAGAAUAUUGCAUAUAUUGUUAGUUUGGCGGCUGGAAUUUUUAUAUUGAGCAGUCAGAUUUUGUUGUCGUUUUCACAUCAUGGAUCCUAUAGCACAGCUAAAGUUUUGGUGAGUUUAGGGAACAGUGAGCUCUGAAAUUUCAGAAUUCUCAAAUUCCAGGCAAACUUCUAUCAUUUCUCAAACUUGAUCGGACUUCUCCUAUCUGCUGCCAUCAUUGUUUUCAGUGCUAUUUCUUUCCAAAAUGUCAAAAAUGUCGAGUAAGAACUACUUAUAUUUAUAUUCCUAAUCUAAUAAAACUUCUUUAGCACAACACUUCAAUAUUGUAAACAGUUGGAUCCAACUUAUAUGAACAACAAUAUAGGUUCAUGUAUUUCACCAUCUGAUCGUUUGAUUUUCCUCUCAAUUCUUAUUGGAAGUUCAGCCUCAAUUAUUCUAUUAUAUGUUUUCAGUGGGAUUUAUGGAUGUAUUGGACAGGUUCAGAUGAAGGAAAAGAGACAAAUUGAAUAUAAACGAUACUCCGCUGCGCAAGAUAAUUUGGCUUUCAAAUAUUGA